AUGGUUUCUACCGCUACAUUUUUCUUUUUUGUUUACUUAACCCUUUUCGUAGUGAUAGGUUUCUUCUCCUCAUUAUUCAUAAUACCCUUAUUGGGCAUUUCCUUUGUGUUUGCCAUUGGCGUGGUAUCAUUUGGCUUCUGCAGCAACAUGAGUUUCAAAAUGGCCCAACUCAUUUAUGUCCGAGCUGACGCCUUCUUGAAAAAAGUCCUCGACAAAAUGGCCCUACAAACACAGCCGGCACAACUACAGGAACCACAGGAGCCACUUUCCACAUUAAGGCCAGUAUCUAAUCCAACUAUUCCAAGCCCAUUAAGACAAACGGCGCGCCCUUCUAAAUUCGUCACCGAAGAAGAUGUUAUUUUCGAACCUGUUAGUGCUCAAAGCGCCAUUGCCCGUUCAUUAGAGACUACUGCUAAUAAAGCGGGUAAUAAGUUCCAGCUCUCUUAA